AUGAGUUUCUUUAAUAGCUUUGGGAAGAUUGGACGAUAUUCACGUCUUAAGAAGUCUUCUGUUGGGAAUUAUGCACAAGGAUCUCAGCAGGAUAGUCGAAAACUAUUCUUAUGCCAGCCUUUUGUUAAGACAGCACUUGUUAAAGGGAAUUUUGCAACAAUUGUAGCACUUCCGAAAUAUAUUGAUUUGAAUGAAUGGCUUGCACUAAAUGUAUUUGAGUUUUUUACAUAUUUGAAUCAGUUUUAUGCAGUAUUUGCGGAAUUUUGUACACCACAAAACUGUCCAUCUAUGUCGGCGGGUACAAAUAUAAAUUAUAUGUGGUUUGAUAACAAUCGGAAACAAAUACAACUGUCGGCACCCCAAUAUAUUGACUGUGUCUUAGCAUGGGUUAAUAAUCGACUUAGCGAUGAAAAUACCUUUCCAACGAAAGCGGGUCAUGCAUUCCCUCCUAACUUUUUUAUUAUUGUAAAGUCUAUGUAUAAACAACUAUUCCGAGUUUUUGCACAUAUAUAUUAUUCACACUUUGAUCAAAUUCUCCAUUUAUCUCUUGAAGCACAUUGGAAUAGUUUUUUCGCACAUUUUAUAUCUUUUGGAAAAGAAUUCGAACUUUUAGAUAAACAUGACAUUGAUCCUCUACGUGAUUUAAUUGAUUUAAUGGUAAAAAUGGGGAUUAUUGCAUAA